UGAAAUCAGUCUUCAACGGCACGCGAACGUGAGAACAAGCAAAGUCGAAGAAAAAGCUGUGCGCGCUAAUAGAAUUUAAACAGCUCGGAAGCGAAUUUGAAAUCAGCUAAUAAACAAUUGAAAAUUAUUGUGAAUUAAUUCAAUUCUAACCUUCGCACUAUUCCGCACUUUGCCAGCCGUUAAUAAAUCAGUAAAAUCUGUGCGCGCCCGCAAGGGAUUUAUUACGCGUACGCACGCUUGUACGUGCCGCGUUACGUGAGCACUUAAAACUGUUAUAAACGCUCAAGACAUUUCGAAAAUGUCAACGCGACGAUUGAACGCUGUGCGUACACGCAAUGACGCGCCGUGCCUUUUCACGCUUGUCGGGCGCGUUUUCUGCAUACUGCUCGCUUUCAGCGACUACGUCGGCGCGAAGGUAUUCGAUCGUUGCGAAUUAGCGCAGGUGUUGCACAAUCGGCAUCAUCUCGAUUUGCACGAAGUCGCGACGUGGACUUGCAUCGCGCAGCAUUCGAGCGGUUUCAAUACGGAGGCGUACGGUGGUGGACUGGCUGGUGGCUCGCACGGGCUCUUCCAGAUAAGUGAUGUGUAUUGGUGUUCGCCACCGGGCAAAGGAUUCGCCUGCAAUCUACCGUGUGAACGUUUACGUGACGCGGAUUUGACGGAUGACUUGCGUUGCUUGCGUAUCAUUUACGAUGAGCAUCAACGGCUCUCCGGUGAUGGUUAUAAUGCAUGGAAUGCUUAUCAGCAGUUUUGUCGUCAUGGCGUGGAGAGUUAUGUGUCCGACUGUUUUCCAAAUCAACGCAUUGCCCCAGUGGCUCAGCAGUCAUUCACACACAACACUUUUGCUAGCGCGCCAAACACAUAUUAUACGUCCAACGACUUGGCGGUACACACGAACUCAAUAAGUAACAGUUAUUCAACGCAUAAACGCGGCAAGAUCUACGAUCGCUGUGAGCUGGCACAGGAGCUGUACUACAAGCACAAAAUGCCGAUGGAGCAGAUACCCACCUGGGUUUGUAUCGCACAACAUGAAUCCAACUUCGAUACCUCCGCCGUGGGACGUCUGAAUGCCGAUGGCAGCGCCGAUCAUGGACUCUUCCAAAUCAGCGAUCUCUACUGGUGUUCGCAUGAUCGUUAUAGUGGCGGCAAGGCUUGCGGACUACAGUGCACGAAGCUACUGGACAGCGAUAUCAGCGACGAUGUGCGCUGCAUCAAACGCAUCCACGGUGAACACACACGCAUUUCAGGCGAUGGUUUUACCGCUUGGACGGUCUACAAUCGCAAUUGUCGCAAUCAGCAGUACUCAUUUAUAUCCGCGUGCUUCCAAGAACCACCGUCACAACAGACAGCUAAAACACACGUUCAAACUUCACCCAGCCACACAUUCCCCUCUUUCCAAGCACCACAGGCGCCCGCACAACCACACUUCCAGGCGUCACAAGCGCCCGUGCAUCCGCAAUACCAAGCAAAUCCCUUCCUUAAACACAUUGGCGUUCCACAGAAAUCCACACAAACACUACAAAAACACCAACAACACAAACACACAUCCCCAAAAAUUGUAACACAGACACACAAUACACAAACACACAAGGGUAAAGUUUAUAAACGUUGUGAAUUAGCUCAAGAAUUGUAUUUUAAACACAAAUUUCCAAUGCAGGAUAUAGCUACGUGGGUGUGUAUCGCCCAACAUGAGUCCAACUACGAUACAGCAGCAGUUGGACGUCUCAACAGUGAUGGCAGCGCGGAUCACGGCCUCUUUCAGAUUAGCGAUCUAUACUGGUGUACACACGAGAGUUUUGGCGGCAAGGCGUGCAACAUACCGUGCGCGAAGUUACUCGAUUCCGAUAUUAGUGACGACGUGCGUUGCAUACGUACCAUACACGAGGAGCAUACACGUAUUUCGGGCGACGGUUUUACGGCGUGGACGGUUUAUAAUCGCAAUUGUCGCAAUCAGCAGAUCGAACAGGUAUCGGCGUGUUUCGAUAGCAACGAGAUCAGCAAGACACAGGUAAUUGGCGGCAGCAGCAACCACAAUUACAACAACAUAAUACCAACCACAACAACGGAAGUGGCUUCGCCUGCACCGAAGGGUAAGAUCUACCAGGAAUGCGAGUUGGCGCAGGAGCUCUACUACAAGCAUCGCUUGCCGAUGCAGGAUAUACCAACUUGGGUUUGUAUUGCUAAGCAUGAGUCGCGCUUUAAUACCGCCGCUGUGGGACGUCUAAACACCGAUGGCAGCGCCGAUCAUGGACUCUUUCAGAUCAGCGAUCUCUAUUGGUGCGCGCAUGAGGAAUAUGGCGGUAAGGCGUGCAACAUACCUUGCAACAAAUUGCUCGACUCGGAUAUCAGCGAUGAUGUGCAGUGUAUUAAAACGAUACAUGCCGAGCACACACGUAUUUCCGGUGAUGGCUUCACAGCGUGGGUGGUCUACAACCAACACUGUCGCAAUCAACAAUUGGCACGCGUGGCAAGCUGCUUUCCACAGGAGGAACUGCACAAACCACACGUCUUACAGCCUGCAGUGGAGACCAAUAAAGUCGCGCAUGUGGAAACGGCUGUCGCCGUUGGUAAGGGUAAAAUCUAUAAAAAAUGUGAGCUGGCGCAGGAGUUGUACUUCAAGCACAAGAUGCCGAUGAAGGAUGUGCCGACGUGGGUUUGUAUCGCGCAACAUGAGUCCAGUUACAACACUGCCGCUGUGGGGCGGCUGAAUGCCGAUGGCAGCGCCGAUCAUGGACUCUUUCAAAUCAGCGACCUCUACUGGUGUUCGCACGAAGGCGAUGGAGGUAAAGCUUGCCACAUUUCAUGCAACAAACUGCUGGAUAAUGAUAUCACAGAUGAUGUGCGUUGCGUGAAGACGAUUUAUGAGGAGCAUACGCGUCUCAGCGGUGAUGGUUUUACAGCGUGGACGGUUUACAAUCGCCACUGCCGCAAUCAGCAAUUGGAGCGGAUAAGCGCGUGUUUCGACAGCAAACUGUUGCAGCAGGCACAACAGACCAACGAAAACGCACAACGUGAGCCAACCACUUAUCUUACACAAUCCAGUAAUAUUAACAAAAUAACCACUUUGCCGAAGAAAGUCAAACAUAAAGAUGAAUUAAAUCAUCCAUUUGUAAAUAAUCCAUUCUUAAAUCAAUUUAGUGCCGUGCAUUCUGUGCCUACAACUGUGAAACCUGAAACAAUCGCGAAACCCAUUAUACAUUACGACGUUACUAAUAAAAUGGUUUCUUCAAAAACUGACUUUGUAAAUAAUCCAUUUUUGAAUCAAUUCAUACAAACACAACAAAAACCACACAGUGUCGCCAAAAGCCCGCAAACAGUAACAAAUACUAAUUUAAACUCCGCUGUGUCAAAUAGUGCUCCUUAUGCUGCCAAUCCUUUCCUUAGUAAAUAUCAACCAUCUGAAACUAAACAACAAACAUUAACCUCCAUAAUAAUACAACAACCACAAAAACAAAGUUACCACUCCAACCCUUUCCUCGCCCAAUAUACCGGCCAGUCCGCAAGUCACACACUAACUGCAACAACAAACAAACAAACAUACAAUGCUGCCACACAACGUGUUCAAUUCCAAAAACCACAAACCCUGCAAACACAAAAUUUCUACUCCAACCCAUUUUUAUCACAAUACAUCGAUCAGACCUCAAGCUUAACUCCCCACAAGCAAGCAUCCACAGCUAACCCAACGAGGAGCCAACCAGUCGUACAAUAUCAGAAUAAUCCUUUUCUUCAACAAAUUUCAGCAGCCUCUCUUAGCACCACUGUCAAAACAAGCUCACAAACCCAACAACAACAUAUACGCCCAACACCGAGCAGCACUGAAAAGACCAAGUUACACGUCUACCCCACCAAACCCUAUGUGAAUAGUGAGGUGUUUCGUACAACACCAGUCAAAACACCUGGUUCACUUGCAGAGUUUAAACCAGGUGUUGAAACUAAGGUCUCCACUGCAGUGGCUGCCGGCAGACCGCACACCGCAAUUACACAAAAACCCCAAACACAAACUACGAAACAAUAUUAUACGACUUUGCUUACAACCACCACUACAAGGAAACCCACAACAACGACAACCGUUAUAAGAAAACCCACCACAAGUAAUGCUGAAACCACGACUAAGCGGCCGAGCACAACAUGGCACUGGCAACAGCCACAACAAGUGCAGCCCGCAAAAACAGCUGCCACACAAAAGCCAACCACUCGACUACCGGCAACGAAGUCGAAACCGAACGUAAGCACAACACGAGCGCCACAAACUACGCCAAGAACCACAAAACCAUCAAACAGCCAGAAGACAGCAAUGACUAAGGGAACUACUACAACGCGAAAGCCGCAAACAACGAAGAAUCCCGGAUUGUAUCAAGAAAAGAAGACUACUAGGAGUACCAUCGCGACGGCUACAACAAAAAGACCGACAGCAACCACACAACAAAAGCCGAAAACGACACAAAAUGUUGGAAACCGGAAACCUGUAACGACAACAACAACCAGGAAGCCAGCGACCACACAGAACGCAGGACUCAGAAAGCCCACAACUGCCGCAACGACAAGAAGACCAACAACUAAACAAACUGCCACUAUACCUACCUCAAGGAGUACCAAUGACAAAACUGCCAAUCUCAGAGCCACUACAACCACGACACGCAGACCCGUAACUACCGUAAGAACGCCGAUAACACGAAAGACUACCGCUGCUGUAAUAACGACUACCAAGCGCCCAAUUACAACAACAACGCAAAAAACAACAAAGCGCACAACAACUACUACAAGUCUCAAUAACUUUAGUACCACAAAAGUGCCAUAUACGAAUAAGAAAAUUACAACAACCACACCGUUUACACACUACACCAGACCGAGCACGCAGAAACCGAAAAUCACAACAACAAAACCUACAGCAUUAACAAGAACUACUAGCACCACCACACGUGGUACCACACGAAAGCCCGCCCAAUAUAUAGCGCUUACCACGAGUAAGAAACCGUAUACCGCAGGAAAUCAAGUCCACGUAACACCUACGAAAGCGCCAACAACAAUAGUAACAACAGCAAAAUAUCGUGAGGAUCCUUUCAGCCACCCGUUCUUCGACAAAUACAAGGAGCAAUUCAAAGUAUUCGCCACGACCACAACACGAAAGCCCUCGGCUGCCGUCACGCAGAAUCCGGUGCAAGCGCAUUUCGGCGAGGAGAGCGAAUACUAUAAGCAAUUCCGCAAUCAUGCAUCCGGCAGCGCGAAGACCGUUUACGCCUAUGCAUUUGGACAGAAUGGCACACUGACAGGACAUUACGGUAGAUAGAUUGAGGAGCUUUCGAAACAAGACAAAGUGAGGUGACGUUCGCCGCGGGGAUAAUACUCAAGACUCUUAAUGAAAUCGAAAUAAUACUCAACUUUGGAGCUGCCUACAUAAGAAGUGGAAUUUCAAAGUAGUGCUAAACGCUUAGAUAUAUGUAUAUGCUCGAUAACUGCUUGUUAAUUUUGUGAUGCUGUCAAAAUGUGAUUUUUUUUAUAAUAACUGCACUUGCGAAGUGGAGAUGUAUACAUAGUAAAUGGUUACAUACCUUACCGUUACACCAAUUGCAGAAUCGAACAAAUUACAUGCUUAGCUAGUUUUUUUAAUAUAUUUUUUUAACUGUUAUGUUUUAUAUAUGUAAAUAUACAUACAUAUUUCUAAUUAACUAUAUAUAUUUAUAUACUUUUCACAUUGUGUACACGAAAAGUAUAUUAAAUAAUUAAUUUAAGUGAUUCGCGUCGUUAUAUUUGCACACACACACAUAUAUAUAUAUACGUACCUAGUUAAUACUAUUAUAUAACAAUAAUAAAGAAAUAAUUAAUGCAAAUCAAAAA